AGCCAUGUGGCUGCUGCACCUGUCGCUGGCCCUGCUGGCUCCUGUCACUGCUGCAGGCUGCCAGGGUGCUGAGCUCGACAGGCAGCUCGUCCUGGCCAAGCUCCGGGCCCAGGUCCUGGAGUAUCUCAGUCCCAGCAGCCCCAGGAGCAGGGCCCAGCGGGAGCGCAGGGCAAUGCACAGGAAGCAUAUCCCAGGGGCUCCAGCCCCCCGUGGCCAGGAGCUAGAGGACACCUCCCAGGUGAUACUUUUCCCCACCACAGAUGUGCCAUGUGAGCCGCCCCAGCCAGACGAGCUCCCGGAGGACGAGAGUGUUUUCACCUACCUCUUCCAGCCUUCAUCUCACACCCUGAGCCGCGUGGUGACGUCCACCCAGCUCUGGUUCCACACAGGCCCCGUUGUCGUCGUGCCCCCUGGCUCAUCAGGUGCGGCCAACCACUCAGCUGGGGGGGCCGACGUGCUGGUCCUGUCGGGGCAGGGGCGGGUCGCCGUGGCAGCCACUGUGGUGCAGGCUGCCGAGCAGUGGACGGUCUUUCACUUUGCGGCACCCUUCCUGCGCUACGUCUCCCGGCAGCUCUUUGUGCUGCUGGUGCGCUGCCCGGGCUGCCCCUGCACAGCCGCCGCAGACAAGAUGCCCUUCCUCAUGGCCACCACCAAGCCCAAAGGGCCGGACAGAGCCCGCCGCGCCUCUGUGCCCUGGUCCCCGGCUGCCCUCAACCUGCUGCAGCGCCCGUCGGAGGACGCUGCAGCCCACGCUGACUGCCACCGGGCCGCCCUCAACAUCUCCUUUGAGGAGCUGGGCUGGGACAAGUGGAUUGUGCACCCGAGCAGCUUUGUCUUCCACUACUGCCACGGCAGCUGCUCUGACGCCCACACCCUGAGCCACGCACUGGGCUUCCGGCUUUGCUGUGCGGCGCUGCCCAGCACCAUGCGCUCCCUGCGCGUUCGCACCACCUCCGACGGCGGCUACUCCUUCAAGUACGAGACCGUGCCCAACAUCCUCACCCAGGACUGCGCCUGCAUCUAGGGCCACCGGGUGCCACGGCAGCCCUGCGCUGGGCUCUACCGCAGCCAGCCCAAUUCUCCCGGGAGCUCCCCGCCUCCCCAGCCCCACACCUGGCUCCCUGAGACAGGGGCUGUUUUCCUGCCAUGUGGCAUUGGGAUGACCCAGCAUGAUGGAGCCGGGUUCCCGCAACCAGGGCUAGCAGGUCAUUGAUCCCAGCUCCAGGGGUGGGGGGGGGGGUCAUUGCAUUCAGUGAACCCAGUGAACCCCUGCCAAAAGGGUCCGCCCAUCCCAGAGCAGACAAGGGGUUUGUGAGCCACAGAGUUCAGGCUGGAGCUUCCCUACAGCCCCCGCUUGGCAGCCCCUGGAGUCAAGGAGCCAGGCCAGCCAGGGUAAAGGGAAGCAUGCAGUUCAACUCGCCAAACCUGCUCUGGGGUCAGUCCCUGCAGCUGCACAACUGAGAGACAC